AUGCCGCUUCCUUCGGCGGUGUCCUUCACGCAGGCAAAGUGGCUCGCCUUCUUUGCUGAGCUGACAGCUAAGCUGACGCACCACAAUGCACUCGUAGUCAUGGAAGGAGCUGAGCUGCUGAAGCGGCUGCUGCUGUCUCGCGUGUCGAUUGCGGCGGUGCUGCAACAAGGCGACCUCCUCGUGCGCCUGCUCGACACGUGGCGAGGCUGCGUCCUCGCCGAGCACCCGAGCAAGUUUCUCCAUCACGACGAUAGGAACAGCUCCGCCUUCCCGGCACCGCCGCCACCACCACCGUCAGCGGCCGUCGCCCUCAACGAUGAGCUCAGCUUUGUCCUCGCCGAGUCCAUCUCGCAGUGCAUCGACCUCAUGGUCUCGCUCUACGCAGACGGCGACCCGUAUUACAGUCUGCUGGUCUUGGCCCGCGCAGGCCCCAUGCUGGAGGUGCUUGUUGAUGUGAUACGGAUGGCGCCGUCGCAGAUCUACGGCAUCACGGCGAGUCUUCUGCAGCAACUGCUGGCACUCCCGCUUGGGCGUGACUCGAUCGGCAGCGCAUGCGUCGGCGACGUCGCGGAUGGGGCGCGCGGCGAGGGCGCACAGCUGGGGUUUGACAGAGCGACGCUAGCUCAGUUGCGAAAGUCGAUCCCGCUGCAGAAGCAUGUCCGCUCCCUCGUGGAGGCAAUCCAGGGGCACGGGGUGCUGCUGCAGUACGCCGCCGACACACUGGUAGAGCUACUCGCGGGGCAGCAGGGACCUCGUCGAUUUGCUGCUAUCGCUCUCUUCAACCAAGCCUCGAAGCGGCUUCGCAAGCAUCAGCUUCGGCGCGGCGGUGCAUCCUCUGCGGCGGCGUCUGCGCCAGGCGGUGACGCCACUCCUGGCAUUCCUCCACAAAGCCGCUGCGACGCGCGGGAGUCCACUGUGAACGAUUCCGACUUAAAUGUCACCAUCACCGGAGCGGCGCCGGCGCACAGGCCGUCACCGUCGCCGUCACCGUCACCUGGUGCUGUGGCGCCGUGCGCGCUCGAUGAUUUGGAGCGUGGUCUGCAGUCACCUGCAAAGCACCGCCACGGCGGUGCAGCGGUGCCGCUGGGUGAAGCAGAGGAAGCUGGUGGCGCUGCUGCUGCUCGUGGUGGCGUCUCCCUUGCACGGGAUGCAGCGCAGUUUCCCUCGCUACCCGCCGCGAACCCUGCCGCGGAUUCGGACAAGCCACCAGCGCCGCCCUCGCAGCCGAACGACAUAAGUGCCAUGGUGGAUGCCGAGCCGCAGCGCCUCGUGUGUGCGGUGCCGUUGACCGUGGCCGAGGAGGCACUGCGGCACCUCGCUUCGUCUCGCUCGCAUGACGAAUUCUUUGCUGCCUUUGACUGGCUCUGGUGCUUGACUGUCGCCGACGCGCCCGUUGUCGGAGCGGCGCUGACGCCGGAGAUGCUUCGCCGCAGCCUCGGGCGAUACCUGACGGCGGCUCCGCAGACCCGCCGCGAUCGCAUCCUCUUCACACUUCUGCUGCUCUGGAUUGGCCAUGUGCACUCUGUAAGCGCUCUGCGCGAGGAGACGCAUAGCUGCGUGCUGGAGGUGGCUGCCUCGGCGCUGCUGCCCAUGCUGCGCACCGAGCUGGCCAAGGAUGGCGAGCGAGCGUCGCCGGGACAAGCGUGCGGCAGCAGCAACAAGCAAGGAAUUUCCUCGCUGACUGUCUCGGCCAUCACACCAACGAACACAAACAUCGCGGCCACUACGAGCGCCACGAUGCUCUCGACGCAAGAGACAGCGGGCCCCCUGGGCUACGGCGACAUCGGCAGUGACCCGACGGUGGCCGGCCUUUCUCUCGACCCCUCCUUGUUCCGCCGUGGAGAGCGCCGCGACAACGGCAGCUACCCAAGUGCGAUCGGCUCCGCGUUGCUCCCGUACGCCGCGGCCCGCAAGGCGCAGGAGGCGGCGGUGCUGCUGCGUCCCUCCAUCGGGGUGAUUUUGCUCUCGUUCCUGCUGAACAUCCAUGCUGGCGCCGCAGUCCACGCACAGCGCGUGUGGGUCUCGCAGGGGCGUGUCCUUGAGGUGGCGCAGAUGGCUAUCCGGCGCGCUCAGGGCUGCCGAUCUGCUCUCCUCGACACUCCCACCACCAUUGAUGGUGCUCUCUCGGAUGAGGUCUAUCUCGAAUACGCGCUACGCAGCGUGCGGACCGACGCGACGACGGUGGCGGUGCUCGGGUGCCGGCUGGUGGCCGCCGUUCUGGGGGAUGAACUGCGCUGGGGCGCGGCUGCGCGCGACAGUUCGACAGCGAAGCCCGCGCCGACGGAGAAGGUUCGGGGGGAAGGGAACACCGCCGCGGCGUUGAUGCAGGCUGAACUGGCGGUUUCUGCGCAGUCGCUGAUACCCCUGCUGGUCGACAUGGCGGCCAACAACCCUGAUGUUACGGCCGCGCAGGAGAGUGGGGCGGCUUCUCCGGUGCAUCACGUGCCGUUGAAUUUGCGCUGCUCAAGGUACACCUCUCUUGGCGAGUGCUCCCUAGUGGCGCUGGACGCAUGUCUGCAGUAUCACGCGCAAGCAGGUCAUCUGCGCAGCCGUGGAGAUGUCCCAAUGAGCGUUUCGGGCUUCGCGAUCGAGGACCUUGUUCGGGUUCUUCCGAGUCUCACGUGUGUGUCGCAGUGCAGCGUGCACCCCCCGGUGCGCGCAGUGCCGUAUCGUCUUCUGUUGUACGUGAGUCAGCGCCUGGAGGAGGUGCUGGUGGUGCUUAGACACAUGCCUUCGCUGGCCAGUGCAGCUGUCUCGUGCGUGUUGGACUACGGCCCCCGCGCCGCACAGUGGGAGGCGGCUGCCGCUGCCGAAUGGCUGACGGUGCUGGUGGACUUGCUGAUCGGCGCAGAGACAGCGAAACAGACCGCAGCGCCCUCGUGCGAGGGGAAGCCGCCAUCUCCGUCGCAACAGCGCCGUCGCCUGCCCACGGCGGCCGAACUGCUGAACGAGUACUUCCACUUCGAUGACACUCCCCUCUCUCGCAAGCUUCUGCUGACGAUUGCGUCGGGAAGGCGGAACACCAGCACUGGGAGCGCCUAUGCAGUGAACGCACUGCUGCAGCUGGCCACGCACCUGCAGACCUACCUUCAGGCUCGGAGCCGCAAACCUCAGCAGUCAUCACCAGCAGUGUUGAGCAGUGUGACGAGGGAGGCAGCUGCCGUGAAGGAGGCAGUCACGCUUCCUCUCUGUCCACCUGGUGCACCGUCGUUAGCUCAGUGGGUGCUACUCCUACAGAGUAUCACCGCGGAUAACAGGCGUCUUACACGCAUCUGCAGCGCCUUCAAGCACCCAAUCGGGGGUGGCCACAGCGUACUUCGUCGGGGGAGCGGUGGCGUCACAAAGGAUGCGUGCACGCGCGCCGUCACGGCGGCGGAGCAGAUCGCACUCCAGUACAACUUCACGGGGACGGUGUUCCGUGCUCUAGAGUCGCUGCUGUGCGACGCUGCAUCUGGGGUGUCGGCAGCCUCGCUGAGCUCCUGGCUUCUCUGCGAUGCCGCAGCAGCCGCACUGAUGCUGCCGACGCCAAGCGAUGUGGUCGCUUUGGUGUCUACGCGUUUCCAGGCAGCGCGCGCGCCGGAAGCCGGGGACGGUGACGCGGCGUAUCUGCCCCCGUCGUGGAUUCCGUCGCCUGCGCUCGUGUUCAGCUACCAGGCUGCUAUCCAGUGGGCUAGUCGCGUCGGCGCUUCCUGGCUGACGGGCUCGUACGGUGCCGCUGCGCAUGCUGAGGUUGGCGCCUCUAACAGGACUCGAGGGCACGGCGGUCUGCCCUUGAAACACGGCUGUACGGGUCUGGUGGAGGACAUCUGCACUGGCGCCUUGCGUGCCAUGCAGGAGAUGACGCCGAGCGUGUCGCAGCGGACGCGGUGCCUGGCGGCGACGCUUGUGUCCGCGGUCGUGGACGCGUGCCCAGUAGAGCAGCUCGGCGUGCUGGAAGCCCACGGUGCCGCGCUGUUUGCCACGUCUGUCACGCUGCGGCGGCUCCCCUGCGUAAGCGGCCUUCAGUGUCGUCUGCUGCGCCGCGUGCGAAGUGCAGCCGUACACGCGGCCACCUCCAGCGACGGAUGGCUGGAGGAGAGCCUCACCUCCCUCCGACGCGUCGUCGAUCGUCUACAGGAGAAUGCGCAGCUGCCGCCGAGUUCGGCGAAGAACGGAGGCCACAGCUCCCACCGCCGGCUUUCUUAUCAGCCGCACGAUGCUGCACAGGCUGUGAGAGAGCUGCAGAACUUCCAAGUCCUGGUAUCCUUGCUAACGAGUCUGGUCUCUUGCACCGGUGCGACCAGAGCGGACGGCGCCGCGCGCGCCUCCAGCCCAACGACGGAGGACGAGAUGAGCAGCCCCACGCAGCGGCAGCUACUGCUCACCGACGCCCAGCGGCAGACUCUGUGCGCCGCGCUGUGUGACGCGCUGCGUGUCCACCAGCUUCAGCCCACCGUCGUGCUCGCGGUGCGAAGCAUGGCUGACACCCACGAGGGCCGCCGUUGCAUCCUCACCGAGAUUGCCAGCACGGGCGAUCCACUCGGCCGCACUCUGUUUGGCCGCCUCAUGGCGCUGACGCUUCACAUGCCGAGUCGCUGGGUCGGAGCGGACUCUGCGGCCGGGACCAGGUCGAGCAGUCGCGCCUUUUCGCCGACAUCAACGCCGCAAGAUCGCCACCGCGGCCUCAAGUCUUCGCCUUCGCAGCAGCGUUUGCCUUCCAUCACCGGCGCAGCCGCCACGGCUGCCUCCUCGGCAUCUCCGCCGUUGCGCUCCCCUCCCCACGGCGAGACCCCGCAGCCCGCCGACCGCGACAUCGUUUGUGUUGUGGGCUGCGACGUAUGCACAAUGUUGUGUGGCUCGCGGUCGCAGGAGGGUGUUGGGGGCGCUAAACCCCUUGCAGAUGCCGGGCCAUCCUCUGCGCCGACAAGUACCGUCUUCCUCUCCGCGUUCGUGAAGCAUCGCGGCGUGGAGUUCCUCGCACGUGCGGUGGUGGAGAGCGAUCGCGAGCUGCGGCGCCACGGGCGCGAUCUCACUGUGCCGCUGCACUGGCUACGCCUCGUGGCAGCGCUGUCCUUGCACCUCUCCAUAGCCAAGCCAUUUGUGCAGCACUCCGACUUCUUCAGCGUCCUAAUGGAGCUUGCCGGAACGCCAGCGUCGGCGCUGCACGCCCGAGCAGCCACUCUUGCCCUCCUCGCCAUUCGCAACGUGUGCUUUGCCGAUGGGCUGAAAUCGACGCUCUGCCAGGAUGCGCGGGUGUUGCUGACGCUGAAGGCGGCCGGCAUGGGUAUCACAGCAGUAAGCCAGCUGAUCGAGUGGCGCCCGCCGCCAUUGCCGCCGCCGAACUCAAAGCGGUCACGCACCGCAGCUCGACCAACAGUGAUGGGUGGCGCACCGCCUCUCACCUCUCGCGGUGGUGCUCGCCUGGAAGUGAUGCUGCGCGAGGAUGUCAUCGAUAUGGAGAACAAGACGGAGGUCGACUGGGCGAAGCAGGCGUGCGUCUACGCUCGCGGCAUGACGCGGCUCGGAGAGGAACCAUUGCCCACCAUAGACGAUCCUGCCUCCUGUGACGCAACUGGCGACGUGGUGGCGGCCGAGGGAAAGCCGCCAAGCGCUGCACCGGGUGGAGCGUCCGGCGCGGACCACGUUGUAGCCGCACCCCUGCCGCGCCGCUUGUUUGGCGACAUCACGAAUCACUCUCGCGCUGCUGAUGCGGGCGGCUCUCUGCUCGAGAUCGAUGCCACAGUGAGUGGUGGCUCUCCUGCAAAGCAGGUCGAGGACACCAUGCUUCCGGUGCUGGUGGCAGCAACUGACUCAGAAGCACAUCUUCGCCGCUAUCUGGCAGCCACUGCCAUCGCCUCGCUGUGGUUUGACAACCAGCGUGGCCGCAGCGCCAUCGCACGCGUGCUUGCCGCAACGCCGUGCUGGAGCAUGGAGGACGUGCAAGCAGCAAUCAAGGCCUCCGUUGCUCCCACUAUGGGUGCGCAGGUUUCGUGA